AUGAAGGCUCAAGUUGGCGACCCCCGAAGGGGUCAUCUAUUGCCGGCCCUUGCCGUCGCCUUAGCCAUUCUCUUCACAAGCAAUGUAGCCACCGUCUCCGGUGAUUCGUAUGACUAUAAGUCGCCGCCACCACCCUCACCUUCAUCUCCUCCACCAUAUGUCUACAAAUCCCCUCCUCCACCAUCACCAUCUCCUACUCCUCCACCAUAUGUUUACAAGUCUCCUCCACCACCUUCUCCUUCACCUCCACCACCAUACAAAUAUGUGUCUCCUCCACCUCCUGAGAAGUCACCACCUCUGCCAUAUGUCUACAAGUCUCCUCCACCACCUUCGCCAUCUCCUCCGCCACCUUACCACUAUGCAUCGCCUCCACCACCAAAGAAGUCCCCCCCACCACCCUAUUAUUACGAGUCCCCACCUCCACCAUCAAAAUCACCUCCACCGUACUCCUACAAAUCUCCUCCUCCUCCGCAUUACAACGAGCCUGUCGUCAAGGUAGUUGGACAGGUCUAUUGUUACAAGUGCUAUGACUGGAAAGACACAGUGGAUUCCCACAUGAAGAAACUCUUUGAAGGUGCCACGGUUAAGGUGACGUGCAUGGCCGGCUCCAAGGCCUUUGUGGCCUACGGCGAGACCAAGAGCUACGGCGAAUACAGCGUCGUCGUCGAAGGCUUCCCCUACUCCAAGUAUGGCGCUGAGGCUUGCAAGGCCGAGCUCGACGCCGCGCCCAAGGGGUCGCCCUGCAACAUCGCCACCGAGCUCAACAAGGGGGCCGAGCUCAAGGUUGAGUCCAAGUCCCACGAGGAGGUAGUCCUCAUGGCCAAGCCCCUCGCCUUCGCCCCAGAGAAGCCCUUUAAGGAGUGCAACAAGCUCACGCCCCCCUACUACUACAAGUCUCCCCCUCCUCCGACGAAGUCACCACCACCUCCCUACCACUACAUGUCUCCUCCUCCUCCUGAGAAUUCACCACCACCUCCCUACCCCUACACGUCCCCACCACCACCGGAGAAAUCCCCCCCACCUCCCUACAUCUACAAGUCCCCGCCACCACCCUCACCAUCUCCUCCUCCUCCCUAUGUCUACAAGUCCCCUCCACCGCCGAUGAAGUCUCCUCCUCCUCCAUAUGUAUACAUGUCCCCACCACCACCCUCACCAUCUCCUCCUCCUCCCUAUGUCUACAAGUCCCCUCCACCGCCGAUGAAGUCCCCACCACCACCUCCCAAAUACUACUAA